AUGGCCGGACGGCUUCUUCUCCGAGCCUGGACGAGAGGAAAUGUGGCGGUCAGACCUUUACACCGCGCCAUGUCUUCAGUGAAAGGGAUCCCUACAGAUGAAGAACAGGCCACGGGACUGGAGCCCCUGCAGGCCCUCAAGCAGGGAAAGGAUCCGUACAGCAUCCAGAAGCCCAAACUAUACGCCGGUACCAAGGAGGACCCUCGCAUCGGGAACAAGCGGCUGGUGGGCUGUCUGUGUGAGGAAGACAGCACUGCGAUCGUGUGGUCCUGGGUUCACGAGGGACACACUCAGCGCUGUCCUUCCUGUGGGUCCCUCUACAAGCUGGUCCACCACGAGCUGCCCCACUAA